CCGAACACAGGCACUUGUUUGUGUAUGAAUGUGUAUGUGUUAGUUCUGAUAACUUUGCUAUAUCAACUAGGAAAGUUACAUAUCCAAAACAAUGCCUGAUUUUAUCCUGGAAAACAGAAUUUGAGAAGCUGGAGCUUCCCAUUUAGGUUGCAUCAGCAUGGUAUUUGUUAACAGGAAAGGAAGGAAGCCUUUGAGUGCUUUCGCUUUCACUGUUUUUCCUGCCCAGAGAGUGUGGACAGCCAUGGCUGCUAAGGAACCACUUGAUGAAGAUCCACUCAACAAUAUAAAGUCUGUUGUCACGAACCUGGUUGAGGGAAUAUUUCAUGACUUUGGAAAAAAUGUAUUAAACAAAGAGGAACUGCGCAAAAUAAAGAAAGAUGUAAACCUCAUCGUGAACAACACUGAAAACCUGGUUGAGGAUAUCAUUGAAAAAACUGAAAAGGCAAGCAAAUUAUUUGCCAACCACUUUAAAAGUUCCAAGAAACAACUGAGAUUAAAAUUUCACCCUGAAAAUGAUGAUGAAUCUGAAAAAAGUUCUACACCCUCCUCCCCUUCGACAGCAUCUGAAGAUGAAAAUGAAGAAAGUAGAGAUGAAGAAAACACCUUAUCAGCUGAGACACUGGCUAUCUCUCCAGUUGUUCCUCAGGAAACCCACAGUGCCCGAUCCGAGGAUGCACUGAAGCUUUGCCCUCCUGAUCAUUUCGAUAAACUGAAGACAGAAAAGGCAGAUGAGAUAUAUCCCGUAAUGAAGAAGGAAGGUCGAACCCGCCUGGCCCUCAUCAUCUGCAACAAAACAUUUGACUCUCUUUCUAAUCGAAAUGGCGCUGAUAUUGACCUUUUGAGGAUGCAAGACCUGCUCAAUGACCUUGGAUAUUCAGUUAUUGUAAAAGUGAACCUGACGGCUCAGGGAAUGGAAACAGAGCUAAGGCGGUUUGCUGACCAUGAAGGCCACCAGUCAUCAGACAGCACAUUCCUGGUGUUUAUGUCACAUGGCAUUCUGGAUGGAAUUUGUGGGACAAAGCACAGCAUUAACAAACCAGAUAUUCUUCAUGAUGACACCAUCUUUACAAUUUUUAACAACCAUAAUUGCAAGAAUCUGAGAAAUAAACCCAAGAUCAUCAUCAUGCAGGCCUGCCGAGGCAGGGGUGAUGGAAUCGUCUGGGUGACCACUGAGAGGGGAGAAGCCAUGGCAGACACACAUAGUCUUCCUAUGCAGUAUUAUGGAUAUUAUGGACGGAGUGAUGCUGUCACAAUGACCCAUAUUGAAAAGGAUUUCAUUGCUUUCAAGUCUUCCACUCCACAUAAUGUUUCUUGGAUACUAGACACUGGCUCUCUCUUCAUUUCUCAACUCAUCUACUUCAUCAAAGAAUAUUGCUGGAGUCAUCAUCUGGAGGAAAUUUUUCGAAUGGUUCAACGUUCAUUCGAGACCCCAACUAAAUUGACACAGAUGCCUACAAUUGAAAGAGUAUCCAUGACACGAUAUUUCUACCUCUUCCCUGGGAAUUAAAACAUGUGAAAGCCUCUCUGAUGUGAAUUGGGUUCUUCCUACUCACAAUCUUUACAAAAAGACUGGAUAGGACUAAAGAACAAUAAUGGAUCACUAACUAUUUAUUUGUUAGAGGGUCAUUUUUACUUUUCCUAAAGGGCUUCUGGUGAAUCCCUGGAUUUGCCCUCAACUGUAUUAAGAUAGUUGUAUAAGAAAUGAUUAGUCUAGUUGUGCAUACACAUUUUAAAUAAACUUAUUGCCUCAUUUUACCAUGAAAGUCAUGCUCAUUAAUUUUAGAUAUAAAAUUUAAGUACUAAACACAUUAAAGAAAACUA